GCAUAGUCAGCCCAGGAAUUAGAUGUCCUUUUUUGAUUGCUAGACAUAUCCUGGAGUAUAAUUAGUGUAGUGGUGAAGUGCUGCUAAAGAUGAUCACUUAUAUGAAUAUUUAUGACAGAUGAAAAUCUCAAGUAUCUCCUGAAACCAUGACGACAAGAAGUGAAAAUGUACUUGAAAAAGAUGUUAACCUAAGGCAGAGAGAUUCAUGUGAGGCACCAUUUGAUGACAAUGACAAUGUUGAGACUGCACCACUGCUAGGAAACUCAUCAGAUAUUCCCCAAGAAGACGAAGUAGCCAUUCAAAAAGGAAGAAGGCUCUUCCUCUUUCGUUGUUUUGUUUUGUUUUCAGGAGUGUUCUUGUUGGUUGUGGCUUUUACCAUUCUGCAACUAGGUGUCCUUAAUCAGUAUGUGUAUUUUGCAUAUCACAAGAAAUACUUCCCAAACAUUUCAUACAAUUCCAAAGAAAUGCAAAAGUCGUACUGCAAUACGAGUGUAAAUGCCUCAACGGGGACAGAGGAAGAAAUACGAAAUAAGAUCCAAGUUUUAGCCUCACAGUUUAUGAUCUACACAUCAUUAGCCUUAUUCAUACCUCCGAUAUUUGGAGUUUUCUUCUUAUCUACACUAAGUGACACAUAUGGAAGAAAACCUUUCAUUGUUAUUCCAAUUUUUGGUGCUUUGAUUAGAAGUGCAUUAUUUGUAGUUGGCAUACACUAUGAAUUAGACUUGUACUGGUUCAUUGUUUUCCUCCUUGUAGAGGGUCUGACAGGGGGACUAUAUUGUCAGAUCACAGUGUCACUCUCUUAUGUAGCAGAUAUCACCAAAAGUGGUGAUAAGCGAAUUCUCCUUCUAGUGAUCUUGGAGAUUAUUGCAGGAUUUGGGGGACUACUUGGAACCCUUUCUUCUGGCUACCUCAUCCAAGCCUUUGGCUUUGAAGUACCGUCUUUCAUUUCAACAUUGUGCAUUUUAUUGUCUCUACUUUUGUUUGGAUUUUUCUUGCCAGAGUCUCUCCCUCCUGAGUUCAAAUCUAGAUCUAAAAAUAUAAACAUUUGUGAGAAAUUAAAAGGAGUGUGGGAAUUCUACACUAGUGAUAAGUAUGGGAAAGGAACUCAAUGGCGGUAUGUGUUUUCUCUUUUGAUUCUCAUAUGUGUUGAGCUAGGAGUACUUGGACGCUCAAAUGUGGAAACUUUAUAUCAGCUAAAUAGACCAUUCUGUUGGAGUUCGGUACUCCUCGGCUGGUUUAUGGGUAUUCGGAUCGUGUCUUCGUACAUACUUGGUGCUGUACUUAUCCGUAUUCUUCAGUGUUGUGUAUCAGUGGAAUUUAUUGCACUGGUAGGAGCUUCUUCACAUAUGGCUGCUUUUAUUCUGGAGGCCUUUGCUGAAGAGAGUUUUGAAUUGUUUCUUGUUCCUGUUGUUGGUUUUGGCUCUGCAAUGAUAGCACCAAUUAUGAAGGGAUUCAUGUCUAAAAUGGCACCUGCAGACAAACAAGGUACACUGUUUGCUGGAGUAGGUAUGGCUGAUACCUUCUGUUCAAUAGUAGGGACCACCCUCAGCAAUGCUGUAUACAGUGCUACAGUAGCAGACAUGAGGGGGUUUGUGUUUCUUAUGUUUGCUGGGAUUAGUGCUGUUGCAGUGAUAUUAAUAAUAGUGCUGUGGAUAGCGGGGAGAGUGGGAGGGUCGACAACCCUGGGAUAUCAAGAGGAAGCAGAAAUCAUCAUUAAAACUGAGGAAGACUAAAGAUUGCUGAUAGAGUGGGAGGGUCGACAACCAUGGGAUAUCAAGAGGAAGCAGAAAUCAUCAUUAAACCUGAGGAAGACUAAAGAUCUGUGUGGAAUGUGAAUUUGUUUUAUAGGAUUUUUUGUUUUACCAUAUAUGUUUGCUAUUUUUACUAAUGAAUUACUUUCUUUAUUACAAUGACAACAUAUAUUCCAGGAUCAUUUAAAGUAUAAUAACAAUUUUUUUAUUGUCUAUAUAUAUAUAUAGAUAUUUAUUUAUGCAACAUUGGACAUCUUUCAAUCUGUCAUUUACUGUAUAUCUAUCUUGUUUUAUAUGUGUAAAAGUUGUAUCAAAACUUGCAGACAAAAUUUGAUGAAAAUUCAGGAAAAUGUGCUGAUUUACCUUAGAAUGAGAACAAAAAUUUUAGAUUUUUUGACUGAACUGCCUCAAGAUAUGAAUGAUGGAAUUUUUCAUGUUUUUUUUUUUUGACUUUGCUUACUGUUUAAAGGAUAUUUCAAAAAAAUAUUUCCUGGAAGUAGUUUCGAAUGAAUUUUUUUUGAGCAAAAGUUUCAAGAGAGAAUUUUCUGAUCAAAGAGUGUCUGUUGGUAGUGUGUUGUCUGUAAAUUUUUCAGAUUUUUAACUUCUUUUCCAGAACCACCAGGCCAAAGUCAACCAAACUAAUUUCUACAAAGUAUACUUGGGUAAAGGGGGUUUAAAUUUUUUCAAGUAAAGAGGCAUAGUAACCCUCUUUUUAGAGGAAAAUCAAAUAAUACCAUAUAAAGAAAUAUUGAAAAUUUGGUAGGGUCAUGCAUUUAAAAAUCUUCUUUUCAAGAAUUACUGGGCUAGACAAGAUAAAACUUUAGUGGAAGCUUCCUGAUAAUUGUAAAUUCAAAUUGUUCAAAUCAUGUUCCCUGGGAAGGGGGGGGGGGGGGCAAU